GAUUACCAGCAGUACAAGAUUCUUAUACUGGAACAGCCUUUCCACUCUAAGUUCAAGCAGAUAGAAAAGAAGCUUCAUACACACAAAAUAUCAGUCAGGGAAUGUACUGAAUUCUUGCAGUCAUUUCCUGAAUUCAAAGGGAGUCUGGAAAACUUGGACCGGAAUAUUGAGUAUUUCUGUAGUCACUACAUGGUUCUGGCAGACUACCUCAAUGAUGCAGUGUCGCGGCUGAGGGCACUCAGCAUAGACACACUCAAGGACAUGCAGAAAAAGAUAAAGCCACCUGCCAACAAUGACCUCAAGCUGAGAGAAGUUUUAGCUGGCACCAUAGAGAGCUACGUGAUGAAUGCAGUCUAUCGGAAAGUGUUUGUGGUGAUUCGGCAGCGGUUCUCAAAGGAGGACCAUCUCCUUCUAGCCAAGUGUCACAAAUUAAGCCAGGUCAGACCUGAGGAGAUUGGAGUCCGAAAAGAGUUUUCCUGCCCUUUACCAACAGCUGUUGUUGAGUUGGCCAAUCUAGGCUCUCUGACCACACCCCGGGAGAAACUGACCUGCCUCAAGUGGACAGUGGACAAUGUUACAGAAUGUAUUGCAGCCUCCCUUCAGGAGAAGAGGCAGGCACAGAUUUCUUUGGAUGGUUUCUUAUCUGAUGAUUUCUAUGAGCCCUGCAUCACCACAGACGACUUGAUUCCUAUUCUGGUGACUGUGAUAGCCAGGGCUAAAUGCUGCCAUCUACACAGCGACCUCUUUUAUAUCGAGAAUUUUGUGUGGGAGUCCACCGACAGAGACAGGGAUGACUUUGGCUACUGCCUGGUGUCCUUCAAGGCUGCGGCACAGUACAUGAUGGAGACCGACUUCUCGUACCUCAAGGAGUCUAGCUUGUCUACAGACAGAGAGAUCAGCAUCGAAGAACUGAUGGCAGUGACAAGUAUCAAAGAUGAAGUACGGUCAUCCCCUCGCUUGACGACCACCUCAGACGCACACACCAGGCUGGAGAGGCAACUCAGUCGAAUAUCAGACAUUCUUGAACAGACAUCUCAGGAGAUGGGGCAGCAGAAUGGCUCCAGGAGACAGAUUCAGAGCAUCUUUCCAGCUCUACAGGACGACAUUCUGGACCAGCAGUUUGGGAAGCAAAAGUAG